GUCCUUAGCUGUACUGAAGGUACUGCAAACACCACAAAACUGAACACACCUUGUGUACGUACGUGAGCAGGCCAGGAAGAAGAGCAGAGGGUCGGAACUGGACUUGGAAGUUCACACAACAUCCAGGCCCAUCCUGUGUGUUGGUGAAAGCACCAUCUGAUCUCCAGUGUCCGUCUAGCAUGGGAGAGAACAUGAGUAAACCCUCCGCAAAGCCCUUUCAGGAUGUCACCUUCUUCACUCCUUUCAAGCCCUACAACUCUCCCUCCACCAAUAACCCCCCCCCUCGACCAAGCGUCUUCUCAACCCUGAGACGGCGCCCGGUCGCCAAGCCCAAUGAUUUCAUUCCUCUUUUCAGUGACUGCAUCACGACUGCCUCUUCUCGAACUCAGGAAUACCUCCUCUUCAAGGACCCAGAGGACAAGUUCCACCCCAGCCCAGAAACCCUCACUCAGAUCUUCUUAAUGACCUACAUCUCCCAGAGCGUCAACCUCAACUUGACCGACACCUUUAACUGUACGGCCAUGACCCCCGAGCAGCGCAUCCUGCUGGGGCCUGACUGGGUGUGGGCCGUGUUGGAGAAGUCCACCAAGAACCCUCGCAUCCAGAUCGCCGUGCAAGUGCUCCACCUGUCUGACAAGGAGGGCGGCGAAGAGGACGGCCUUCUCCCAGAGACGAGCAGCGAAAGUGUCAAAAUGGCCCAAAAGGAGUCCAGUGACAAGAACAUGUACGAGAGGAUGGUGGACUUCUGCUCCUCCGUCGGCAAGGACUGCUACGCUCUCUUCUUGUUCUUCGGGAGGAAAAACGACAAAAGCAAUAUCUACGGUGUUCUCAGCAACAACUUUGAGGCGGCCAUUGAGAAGUGCAACAAGAUCGACAGAGCUCUUCUCGAGAACUUCUUCAAGGGAUCGCGGUAUCUGCACACACCCUCCGGGAUGAUGCAAUCCAUUGUCUCGAGGAACGAGGGGGACCCGCUCACCCUCAUGAUUAAAUUCAGCUGAUCCCAAGAUCCUGAGUUUAACAUCAUCAUUUUCUCAAAUCAAGUCUUAAGAUGUGUAACAUCGCGUGCAAAGAAUGCUGAGUCCCAAGUUAAACAGACCUAUUCAAUCAAUUCAAUUACAAGGAAGGUUUUCAAUGAACACAUAAGUGUAAAUGAGUGAGUGAGUGAGUGAGUGAGUGAGUGAGUGAGUGAGUGAGUGAGUGAGUGAGUGAGUGAGUGAGUGAGUGAGUGAGUGAGUGAGUGAGUGAGUGAGUGAGUGAGUGAGUGACAGACAGACAGACAGAUUGUGGUACGUGGCUGGAAGUGUCACAGAAUUCUUCAUGUAUUUCGAUUACUCAUGGAUCAAGCACACUUUGAAUUUUCCCAGUCAGACACAACAGCAAGUUGUGUCAAAAGUACUGAAACAUGAUGGCCAGUUGGACACCGGCACGGGAAUAUUUAGUGAAGGUCACAUCAAGUUCACCUGAAAUUUCAUAAUAAAACCCAAUAUCCUGAACAAUUGGUAAACCUAAUGAUGAAUGUGGAGACUGCGGAUGCAACCCCCCUCACAUGUACAUACGGUGUACAUGUUUGUGUUACAUGUUUGCUACACAGUAUUUACAUAG